AUGAGUGUCACAACUGCAGCUGGCGCUGCUAUAAAAGCAGCCACCGUCCUUCUCGGUGUCGGCAUCGGCAAGAUUACCAUAAUCCCAGUGUUAAUUGCCGCGCUCGCGUAUUUUAAUUACGAUCUCAUGGAUCCGGAGAAUCAUCCGCAUGUGACAAAAGAGUUACGGAAAGAAUAUGAUUUUAUUGUUAUCGGCGGGGGUUCGGCCGGAAGUGUUCUCGUCAACAGAUUGACUGAGAAUCCUGAAUGGAAUGUGCUGUUACUAGAGGCUGGAGGUCAUGAAACCGAAAUAACCGACGUACCAAUACUUUCAUUGUACUUGCAUAAAAGCAAAGUUGAUUGGAAGUAUCGCACGCAACCGCAGAAUUCGGCCUGUCAGGCGAUGAUUGAUCAUCGAUGUUGUUGGACCAGAGGCAAGGUUCUUGGAGGAUCCAGUGUUUUAAACACAAUGCUUUAUAUUCGUGGAAAUCGACGUGAUUUCGAUCAAUGGGAGAGUUUCGGAAAUCCUGGUUGGGGAUACGAAGAUGUUCUACCAUAUUUUAAGAAAUCAAUGGACCAAAGAAAUCCGUAUUUAGCGCGCAAUACAAGAUAUCAUAGCACAGGAGGAUAUCUCACCGUGCAGGACAGCCCUUAUGUCACUCCGUUGGGCGUAGCGUUUCUUCAAUCCGCUGAAGAAAUGGGUUAUGACAUUCUCGACGUCAACGGCGAGCAGCAAACCGGUUUUGCCUUUUUUCAGUACACAAUGCGACGGGGUGCUAGAUGCAGCACCGCUAAAGCUUUUGUGCGACCCAUUCAAUUGAGAAAAAAUUUUCAUUUAUCUCUAUGGAGUCAUGUGACUCGAGUGUUGAUAGACCCGAAGAGCAGGAGGGCGUACGGGGUGGAGUUUAUCAGAGACGGUCGUAAGGAAAUUGUCUUUGCCAAAAAGGAAGUGAUCCUUUCAGCUGGAGCUAUCAACAGCCCGCAAUUAUUGAUGCUUUCGGGAGUGGGACCACGCGUUCAUCUGGAGCAGUUGGGUAUCCCCGUGAUUCAAGAUUCGCCCGGAGUCGGUCAAAAUUUACAAGACCACAUAGCAGUCGGAGGGCUUGUCUUUCCGAUCGAUUACGAAAUCAGUAUCGUAAUGAAUCGAAUGGUCAACAUCAACUCAGCAUUGAGAUAUGCUAUCACCGAAGACGGUCCGCUGACAUCUAGUAUCGGUCUUGAAGCGGUCGGUUUUAUUUCCACCAAGUAUGCAAAUCAAACCGACGAUUGGCCCGACAUCGAGUUCAUGCUAACGUCCUCGGGAACUAACUCGGAUGGUGGUAGCCAUAUAAAGAACGCUCACGGUCUAACCGAUGAAUUUUACAAUGAAGUGUUCGGUAAGAUUAACAAUCACGAUGUCUUCGGAGUGUUUCCAAUGAUACUCAGACCCAAGUCGCGCGGCUAUAUCAAACUGAAAUCCAAGAACCCCUUGGAUUACCCACUGCUGUAUCAUAAUUAUCUCACUCAUCCGGAAGAUGUGGCAGUGCUUCGUGAGGGUGUCAAGGCGGCCAUCGCCUUCAGCGAAACCAGCAGUAUGAAGAGAUUCGGCUCGAGAUUCCAUAACAAACCAUUACCCAAUUGCAAGCAUAUUCCACUGUACACUGACGUCUAUUGGAACUGCGUUGUAAGACAGUACACUAUGACGAUCUAUCAUAUGUGUGCUACCGCCAAGAUGGGACCGUUCGGUGAUCCAAUGGCGGUCGUAGACUCGGAGUUAAAAGUUUAUGGCAUUGAGAACCUGCGGGUAAUCGACGCAUCGAUCAUGCCGACAAUUACAAGUGGUAACAUAAACGCUCCUGUGAUAAUGGUGGCCGAAAAAGGCGCCGAUAUGGUAAAAGCAAGGUGGAUGUGGACGUCUCGUUUUAAGAGAGAUAACGUCACUGCCGCUGCUUCUUAACAUAUCAAUUGAUUGCGUAAUUCGUACUA